AUGAAGAAUUUUGAGUUUUCCAUCUAUUGUAUUUCACUAUUGAUUAUGUUCUCCUUAUUUUAUGUUUUAAAUGCUCAACAGAAGCAAAGUGCUUAUGGCCCAGCAAGAAAGAAGUCGAGAAAAGAAGCUAAAAAAGAGAAAGAUAUGAGAAAGAAGCUAAGGACGAGGAAGAAGCCGAGAAACGACGAGAAAGAAGAGGAGAAAGACGCCAAGAAAGAAGUUAAAGAUGAGAAAGAAGCCAAAAAGGAAGUCGAGAAAGAAGUUAAGGCCAAAAAGGAAGCCAAGAAUGAAGCUAAGGAUGAGAAAGAAGCCAAGAAUGAAGCUAAGGACAAGAAAUAA